AUGAUUCAAUCACAAAAAUUGUCCGACAGACUUGCGUCCGGCAGACUUGCGUCAAAUCCCGACAUUACGAUCAAAGUCCGAUCGUAUGUGUCGAAAACCUUGUACUUGAAUGGUUUCUUUUGGAACAUAAAAACUCAUAUUUCGUCGUAUCCCAACAGAGACACUGAUGAUGACAUUCCCCAAGGAGUGGCUAGUACCAUUCAAUCCUUGUCACCAUUACUGUACCAGCACCUGCUCAACAAUGUUCUUUCCAAGACUACCAAACUUCGUGCCAUUGUAGAAGGCACACCCAAUGGUGAUGGAUAUGCUGCGUUGAGACGACUUCUACAACGUGUACAUCCAACCUACGUCAAGAUCCCAAAAGAUAUGGUGCGCCAGUACCCCAAUCAGGAUGAAAGUGAAACUAUUAAAGGCUACUUCAAGCGUUUUGUUGAUCAUUUACAAUUAGUUGCAUAUAUUAGCAACAAUGUCACUACUUUGGCCAACAUCGGAACACAGAAUCACUUUCUCAGUGGAGCAAAACGUGCUGUUUUUCUCCACUCCAAGUGUAGCAUCCUACAAAGCGAUCCGACAUUGGCGCAUGAAUUCACUGCCAAGAACUUCCUCUCCACAGUGGUGUCCAUCUUGGACCUUCCGAAUAGUCCAGUCAAGCUGCCACCAACCCCCAUCAAGCCAGAACCUACAUCGCAUCCGUCUUCUUGGAAGCGGAACAGGACCACCCAAUUUGCGUCAUGCAACUCUACUGGUACCAGUUCCAACCCCAUCCCCGUGAACAACGUCAACACUGCAGCACCGGGUGAAUUGUGUGAGAAGGAGGACGAUGAUGCUACAUGGAACAUUGAGUUCCCUGCUUUGCCGGCCACUGAUGAAGAAAUGGAACAAUUGGCUAGUACUUACACUUUGCUAGCUCGUGCCAGAGGGUGGUAG